UCUGUUGUCGGUACCAAAAGAGCCGCAUUAGUUCGCCAAUGCUACGGCACGCGGGGAGCAGCUGGGAGUAGCCGGGCACUUGGCUGGACAGAGCCAUGGUGUUUGCACCUUGCAAAGCUUCAGUACUGCCCAUGACCUGAGCAUGUCGGGUCGAAAGCUGCUGGGAUCGUCGUGCAAUGGUCCAAUAUGGUCGACGAGAAACGCCUGCGUGUCUCACACAUGGCCUACGCUUGGAUUGGCGAAAAGACAGCCAGGCUCCCGUGGACGAGAGGGGAAGCUUGUCUUGGGGUGUCGCAAGUAUCGCAUCUAUUGUUUUGGAUAUGCAUGCUCGUGUUACCGUCGGCGCAAUUUGUGAAGCCACGGAGUAGCCAAGUUGCAUCGAUUUCUGCCGUCCCACUUCAAAAAAAGGGCCAGGCCACUGUAAAGGAAGCAGCAACCUGGAAGUUCUCGAGUUUUCCUUGCCGGCCCCGCAAGCCACCGUGGCCCGCCUGGGGACAGUGGCCCCACAUCGACUGGCAAAAAGAUUUGCGAUCCAAGCCACUCGUUCCGUGCCUCCCGCACCCUAUGAAAUUUCUCCACUUGCACUGCUGCGGGGUGUAACCUUAUUUUUGGUGACGGCUUGGAGUCUUGGACCAACCUAUCGGCUACCCUUGAGGAUCACAUCGAAAACCACCCCCCACCUGAAGCCA